CUUCCUACAGUCAUUGUCUGAUUUCUCUGGGCUGUGCCAGUUCCCCCUGCAGUAACAGUGUCCCAGGCUUCACCCUCCUUGGACUUGGUGGCCGUUACCUGCCACGUGCAGAGAUUCUACCCCCAGAGCGUGCGUCUCACCUGGAUGGAGAACUGCCGUGCGUUCCAGGGAGAGAAGCAGCCCACGCCGAAGCAGAACAGUGAUGGGACCUACACCCUGGAAAGCUUGCAGCUGGUGAACGCCUCGGUGCAGGGGUCCGAGCGUGUGCUCACCUGUAAGGUGCAGCACGAGGCACAGCCUCCCACCCGGGCCAGCCUCAUACUGUCCGCAGCAGCCCACAGCACAGACAACCCCCUUGGGAGCCCAGGUCCAGCGACGCCUGCCCUUAUCUUUGUGGCUUUCCUCCUGGGAUUCAAAGUGCUGCUGGUGAUCGGUUUUGUGGUCACUUACAUCUGCAGGUGGCAGAACCUGUAA